GUUUGCUGAUAAUUUGUUGGAUCGUGGGCACACAAGUCGCUUCUACCCGGUAGUGAAUAUAGAUAUUCCCUUUCCAAUAGUGCUCUGGCAAUUAACAUAACCCACAAGUUACCAAAAGAAAUGGCUAAGACCCCAGCAUUUCGGCCAUUACUCCCUGCUGCUACACCGCCAUCUCCAAUCGUGAGUAGAAAGGUUUCUGGUUCCACACAGACUCGUCGAUCUUCAGCCUGUCUAAAGUGUCGUGAGAAACGUGUUAAGUGCGUCGGCUCAUCGCCUUGUCAAGCCUGCACCGAGACCGGAACAGCCUGCAUCUUCGAACCGUCCAGAGAUAGACGUAGGAAGUCAGCUCUCAUCUAUGCAGAGCAGUCUACUCAGAAAUAUCGGAAAAUCUUAAAGCAGCUACUACGCACUUUGAUGUUUGGUAAUGAUGAACAGAUCUCUGCAUUGAAGGAAUUCGUCAGGAACCAUGCUUCUGUAGGAAGUUGCUUAAACGUACUGGGUUCGGAGUACCAGCCAAGCUCAACUCCCUCCGAGACAAGGUAG